GAGGGAGCAGCAGAGAGUCUGUCUCCUCCUCUCCAGCAGCACUCUGUGUUCAGCAGCAUCUUCCUACGGACCUGCGCCGCGCACAAACUCACUUCUCUCCAUCAAACCACAAAAGAAAACCCCCAAAACAACAACAAACCCCUUAAGAACAGAAACCCGAAGCUUGUCGUGGCUGUUUUAUCCUUCACCCCCCCUCCGUCCUCGCAGGGUGGUUUUUUUCUUCUUGCAGUCACUCCAGACAUCAGACCACCGGACUUCUCUCGCUGACUUCUCACUCUCGCAAGGAAUAAAAAACAACCAGACAGAAAAUGGGGAAACAGAACAGCAAGCUGACCCCUGAAGUGAUGGAGGACCUGGUGAAGAACACGGAGUUUAACGAGCACGAGCUGAAGCAGUGGUACAAGGGAUUCCUGAAGGACUGCCCCACCGGCCGGCUCAACCUGGAGGAGUUCCAGCAGCUCUACGUCAAGUUCUUCCCUUACGGAGAUGCGUCCAAGUUUGCCCAGCACGCCUUCAGGACCUUCGACAAGAACAGCGACGGCACCAUCGACUUCAGAGAGUUCAUUUGCGCUCUGUCCAUCACGUCCAGAGGCAGCUUCGAGCAGAAACUCAACUGGGCCUUCAACAUGUACGACCUGGACGGAGAUGGCAAGAUCACACGCGUGGAGAUGCUGGAGAUCAUCGAGGCAAUCUACAAGAUGGUUGGCACGGUGAUCAUGAUGAAGAUGAACGAGGACGGCCUGACGCCCGAGCAGCGGGUGGACAAGAUCUUCUCCAAGAUGGAUAAGAACAACGACGACCAGAUCUCGCUGGAGGAGUUCAAGGAGGCGGCGAAGAGCGACCCGUCCAUCGUACUACUGCUGCAGUGUGACCUCCAGAAAUAGGCCCGCGCGCCGCCGGCCGCCACGGACUGCACAGAAAGAAUUUCAUGUUCCAUUCAGUUUGCAGCUAUUUCCACUGAAAAAAAAACAACAAAAAAAAAUUUGCUUGGACUACCUUUCAAUGGAUCUGCUUCUUGUGUUUGAAACACUCGUGUGCAUGAGAAUGUUACUUGCUAUAAAAAGAUCUACACACAACAUUCAGCCGUGUGCGGGUGCAACAGUGCGAGUGCACGCUCACACCACAAAUACACACACACACACACACACACACACACACACACACACAUACACACAUUUCUCACUACAUAUACGAACAACUCGCACAAAUAAUAUAGAUAUAUAAAUAUGAAUAUAUAUUUAAAUUAUUUAAAGAUCAACUGCCAAAAUGUGAAGUGAGCAAAGUAUUUUCCACACAGUUUCAUCCUCCUGGAGCUUGCGCAUCGGUGAUGUGCCGCUACUCUAUUUAUUGUUCCGAGUUUACUGACUGCUAGCUGUAUGUAUCUCACGACACCGCCAACCGAACCGAACCACGACGAUGUCCGACCCGCCUCGAACACGCAGACGCUCCAGAACCCGACCUCUCGGGGGUUCCGCUCCGGGAGGGACGGGUUCGCGUCCGUCAGAGUUUCCCCUCCGAAAACAUGCUUGUGCCGUCAGUAAAUGCCGUAAACGUGGUUAAUUUGCAUGCCUUUAGGUUCUGCCUUAAAAUGAAUACUCUUAUUUUCAUCCGGCGGUUGGAGACAGAAGGCCUUAUCAGCGCAGCGCGGGAUCUUCACCAGAUCUUCACCAGAUCUGGGGGGAGAGAAAUACAAGAAAAUAAAAGUGUCGUUGUAUGGGAUGUAAUUUCCGUGAUCCCUUCAGACAUUUACUUUUGACUGCUUUAACUGUGGGAGCAUGUUUCCUUGUAGAUUAGCUGUGCUAUUUGUUGCAGACAACCCCCCCCCCCCCCAUCCAUCCCACCCUGCGCGCGCAUUUCAACUCACUUCUUCAUCACGAAUGACCAGAUUCUGAAUGUGGAGAGCUGCAUCAUUUAUUUAAUUAAAAAAAACAGAUUAAUUGGUACAUUUUUGAAGUCAACUAUAUGUAAGCCGAUGAGAUCAAACAUUUACGUCAGGAUUCCCCUGAGUAGUAAUGAAAAAGCUGGAGUCAAAUUAGAUUAAAAAAAAAGGAGAAAAUUGGGAUUCAUCAACAGCUGCAAAGCCUCGUUUUAUGUUUUUUAAUCACUUACUUUUCAAUGAGCCCACAGUUUGCAUAUCGUUAUGAUGAAUUCUGAAGAGGAAGACCUUAGAUAAUUAAUCAUAACUACGCGCUACAGUAACGAGAGGAGCCGUGGGCGGCAUUUCAUCAAGCAACCUGGAAAACACGUUCACUGUUUAGUACAUCAGAAAACCCCGCCCUUCUCAGUCCUUUAAAGAACUCCUCUUUUACCAAUGUGUCUUUUUUUGUACUUUUUUUGUUUAAACUCCUUUUUCUCACACAUAUAAACAUAAUGAUGCUUAUUAAACAUAAUGAAGUAGAGAAGUUGCAUACAGCUGGGUAUCAACAUCCGGGUCAGGGGCGAGAAGAAAGGCUGCACAUCUGCACCAACCGUCAGCAGAAAACUCUUAGCUGGAGUCUAAAUAAUCAUUUUAAAAGCGGUGGAAACCAUCAGGGUUGAUUCUUCAAAGAAGCUGCAAUCCUCGUUGCAGAGGUCCAGUAUGAGAUCACGUGAGAAAGGUGUUGGUGUUUUAUGACGUUGCUCCAGCAGAUCCUCAUAUGACAGACAUCAAAAUGGCAACUUGUAUCUUUAAACAUCUUUGCAUGGCCCUGACAUAUUACAAACUCAAUUAAUCAGUGUUUUAACGAGCGAGUGGAGGACGAGAGAGGUGUGGCGUGUCAUAGUAUACGGUACUGCAAUAAAGAUAUUCGGUAUAUCGUGCUGGUCCAUUGUCAUCCCUCAGCAAUGUGGAUCGUCCCUGUCAAGUUUCUAAUCUGAACUUCUUUACGUGAGCAUCUUUGGCCAGACGAUGUUUCCAAGUUCAACUCUGUAUUUACUAUUGUUGCUAUCAAGAUACCAAAUGUAAGCAAUGGCAACCCUGUACCAGGAUUUUUUUGUAGCAUGUAUUGUGUCCCUGACGACAUGGCUGCACUACUCCCUGUGUUGUGAUUUAAUCUAAUAAAAGGAACUCUAUGG